AUGGAGGGCCCCAAUAUCCUUACUCUGCGAGAUUCCACUGUGAUCGCUAUUCUCGAUAUUUUUGGGAUCUCUUACUUUUCUUUAUUUACGCUUCAAUGCCUACUCUUUCAUUUCCCUACAUGCUAUGCAGACAUCAGUAACUCGCUCGCGACACUUCUUUUCGGAGUUGGUGUCAUCUCCUGGUGUGUCCUGAGUCUCACCUACCGCAUCCUCCUCGUCCUUAGUAGCACCAAUGCAUACGAUUGGGAGAAGCUGGAGUUCGGAGGCCUCCUGCUUUUGAUUUAUGCCACUACUAUCUCCUACGUCGCUCUUCAGUUUUCCACUCGCCCCCUGGCGCAGCUCGGGUACAUGUGCGCUAUCUCUUUGCUUUUCGUGGGACAUCUGGUCGAAGUACUGGUACAAACCUCGAGCACUCCCCUGACAAGUAUCAAGUUUCAAUAUCACUGUGCCUCCCUGGCCUUGCUUACCCUGGUACCGAUCAUCCAUAGCCUUGCAGAGUCACUGGGCCAGCCAGUGCCGCUUUCUUUAGAAGUUGCUCGAGUUGCCGUCUAUAAUGGUCUUGGGGCCAUGCAGUAUUUUGUCCGCCCCCUCGAAAGAAUGGGCCUAUUCCAGGGAUGGCAGCCCAGUUUAUACAUCAUGCAUCUGGUUCUGGUUCAUAGCGCUGUAAUGCUAUCGCCAAAUAUUAUUCCUGCUGUGCACUAG